AAAGUCGUGACGCUGCGACGGCCUUUACAGCUCUCUGCAGUCGGCGCACAAGCUCAGAUAGAGCGUCACUGUCUAGAAGUAGGUCUCAUCCGCCACUGACCAGCUUGAGAUCAUCCCCGGCGAGCCCAAAGUGACCGAACAGGCAAAGUGAGACUAGCUCGUCUCUAUCGCCCUCGUUCGUCUCCUUCGCUGCUUCCUGUCGGCUCAAUCUCUCUGCCGACUCGAUAGAAGAGCUCAAAUAGGUCUCGUGAGCUGUCAUCGCGCACCAAGACCGAGUGAGAGGCCGGAAAUUGCGCGGACGAUAGUCUGACGACGAGCGUGAUCGAGUAGAACGCAGGAGAGGAUGCUAUAGACCGACGACGGACCAUUCCAAUGUCGGAUCAGAUCCCCAUGUAUACCUCUUCGCGAGAUCGUCAGCACUCUGCCACCCAGUCUGCCAUGUACGGCUACCCACAGCAGCAACCUCAGUCGGCGCGCUCGUCUAUCUUUGGAGCUGUCAACUUUGCUACCGGUCGCUCUGGCUACUCCCAACAAGGUCAAGGAGCCUACGGGAGAGCAGAGGAAGGUAUAGGAUUGGAUCCUCAUCCUCCUCCCCUGCAGUAUGCCCAGCCGCACAAUGCUCUGAGGGAACGGCGACUGCGUGGGAUGUCCUAUUCGCCCACGGAGUACUCACAACCGCCGCCGCCGAGGCAAAGAUACACCGGACCAACGUAUGAGAGUGCUGCGGUCUAUAGCAAUUCGGCGACGAGCGAUGCGAGCGCGAGACCGUUCGAUCCUUAUGCUGCUAGUCAGGAACACCAAUACGCUCCUCAGGCGCCGUACUACGAUCCUGCCCAGGCAUCGCCCAGAUCUCUAGCUCCCGAUCAAGGUGCAUACAGGAGUGCCAAUCACUCUGUCACUCCAGAAUCCGUCUCUCCCACCAAUGCUCACGCCAAUCUGCAAGAGCGACAGCACGCAGAUCGGCCACCGCCGCUUUCGAGGGGUCAUACCUCGCCCAUGCCAGAGCCACAGCAGCCCUAUGAUCCCUAUAGAUCUUAUAGCAAUCCCUCGCGGUCUCGACCUGCCACGGGUCGACACGAGUCAGAAGAAGAAAUGGCCGUUGACGCGCCCGAGCAGACGUUCAGGAGGAUACGAUCGCUAUCUGACUUGAGGCCCGUUCUGGAAUCUGUGCCCAGUGGGAGGAGAGCAGACCCACAGGGUGGAGUCGUUUCGCCUCUCAAAGCGUUGACGCAACAGCUCGCUCAGACGUAUCAUCUUGUCAAUCCUGCCUUUCGAUAUGAGCUCUCGUACAACCCCAGACGAGUCCUCACCAAGCCCAGCAAGCCUUGCGGAAAUGACGGUCACGACAAUGAGGAUUCUGACUAUAUUCUCUAUGUCAACGAUUGGCUGGGGACAGAUGAAGGCAACAAGUAUCUCAUAUUAGAUGUACUCGGUCAAGGCACGUUCGGACAAGUCGUCAAGUGCCAGAACAUGAAAACGCAUGAGAUCGUGGCUGUCAAAGUCGUCAAGAACAAGCCAGCCUACUUCAAUCAGUCCAUGAUGGAAGUCACCAUCCUCGAAAUGCUGAACAACGCAUGGGAUCCGCAAGAUCGGCACCACAUUCUGCGGUUGAAGGAUACAUUCAUUCACGCAAGACAUCUCUGUCUUGUCUUUGAACUGCUCUCUUCCAACUUGUACGAGCUCAUCAAGCAGAACAACUUCCGAGGCCUCUCGACUUCUCUCGUCAGGGUCUUCACUUCGCAGCUUCUCGACGCACUCACCGUGCUCAAUGAAGCAAGACUUAUUCAUUGCGAUCUCAAGCCAGAAAAUAUUCUUCUCGAGACGCUCCAAUCGCCACAGAUCAAAGUCAUCGACUUUGGAUCGGCGUGCCACGAAAGGCAAACGGUCUAUACCUACAUCCAGUCUAGGUUCUACCGGAGUCCGGAAGUGCUUCUCGGCUUGCCGUACUCCUCUCCUAUCGAUAUGUGGUCGCUCGGCUGUAUCUGUGUCGAGCUCUUCCUCGGCCUGCCUCUCUUCCCAGGCACAUCAGAGUACAACCAAGUGACUCGUAUCGUCGAGAUGCUCGGUCUGCCGCCGAACCACAUGCUCGACGUGGGCAAACAGUCUGCCAAUUUUUUCGAUCUGUCUUAUGAUCCGUAUGGCAACAAAGCUUAUCGACUCAAAUCGCUCGAGCAAUAUUCAAAGGAACAUAACACGCAAGAACAGCCUUCGAAGAAGUACUUUCAGGCGACCAAAUUGCCUGAUAUCAUCAAGACCUAUCCCAUGACGCGAAAGAACGCGAAACAAUCUGAUAUCGAUAGAGAGAUGAACAAUCGCAUAUCGUUUAUCGACUUCGUGCAAGGAUUGCUCAAUAUGAAUCCCAUAGAAAGGUGGUCACCGCAGCAAGCCAAGCUGCAUCCCUUUGUCAAGGGCGAACCGCUCACCGAACCCUUUGUGCCGCCCAUGUCGCUCAAGACACCCUCCCGGCGGACUUCUGCCGUGCCGCAGUCUGCUCCAUCUGCUACAAUGCCCUUGCCGACCGAGAUCGAUCGUCCUUAUGGCGGGCUCCCGCCUGGGCCGAGGAAACCAGAUACGAUGGCUUAUGUCGAUGCUGCUGCUUAUGGCAAACACCUGGCACAACAGCAAGCGUACACAGCUGCUUCAGAAGCGAAAGCCAAGCGGCAAUCGCAGAUCUCCAUGAACCCGUAUUCUGUUGCGGAGGAUACGCAGGGUCUACAGGCCGCCAGUCGACCUUUUGGCGAUUACUCGAUGAGACCACAGCAGGCAGACAUGAACGUGCCUGUCAAUCCACCGCCGGUACAUCACUACCCUGCCAGAGGCAGAGCUCUGACGAUCACAGAUGCGGUUCCGCCGCAGAUCCAGAAGCUCGGUCUUGGCAUGGGUGGAUUCGCAGGACACUCUGUUACGCCUGUCUUGAAUCGAGACGAUCAGCAAGAGGCUUGGGAAAGGAGAAAUGUGGCUGCGGGUCAAUUGGGCAGACGAGCGUCUCUGAAUCGGCAUCACCCCGGUAUCGACCACCUCACCGAACAGGCAGAGAUGGCAUGGGGCUUGCCCAGCUACAGGAUACCCAGUUCUGUCGAUCGAGCCAAUUACAUGAAUGCCCAAGCGAGCCAGCCGUUCUCGGUCAUGGUCGAUCAGCAGCGUGCUUUACAAGCACAGGCACAGGCCCAGCAGCAAAGAGCUUCCGGCGCGAUUGCUGCUCCUCCCAUGGUCUACCAUGCUUCCACAGGCUCGGCGAACAGGUACGAAGCGUUUGCCAACCAAGGCGGAGGAUACGAUUCAGGCUUCAAUCCCGGUGAGGGCAUGACGAGCUUUAUUCCUCUCAAUGCGCAGUCUGGCCAUCGCGCUUCACUCUCUUACUCUGGCAAUGUGCCCUACCAGCAGCAAGCCAUGCCCCCGCCCCCGCCGCCUGUGAGCGAGAGGGAGCUGAAGCAGAGGCAGAGGAAUAGUCAGGCAGAAGCUCCACCGUGGUCGUGAUCGUCACUUUGUCAGUCCGUUGUCGCAUUCCAUUCAUGUUUGUAUGUGCCCAGUC